AUGAUGAACACGUCUGAAGAAUAUGGUGAAGAGGAGCUCAAUGACUACAUCGUCCAGCUGAGUAUUCAAGACUCCUGCCAGGAUGCCUUCCUGAAAUCUGCUGCCAGUUUAGCAGCGGCGACAGAUGAAAAUCUGAGAGUCCUGGCUGCUAUCGAGCAAGGUGAGGUGUCGGUGCUGAGGGAGAUGCUGAGGCACACCUCCGCCUUCAGUGAACCAGACUGUCACGGCUGGCUUCCCCUCCACAGAGCUGCAUCCCAGCCGGUUCUGGGGGUUCUGGAGACAGUCCUGACAUCUCAGGUGCUCAGCCUGGAGGAGAGAACUGCUGUUGGCGGAGAGACACCACUGACGCUGGCAGUUAAAGCCGGACUGGUGCAGAAUGUGAAGUGUCUGCUGGAGCACGGAUCCUCGCCUCACAACACCAACAACAAGAAUGAGUCACCACUGCUGCUGGCGGUGAGGGUCGGCUCAUAUGAGAUGACGUACACUCUGGUGGCUCAUGGUGCAUGGGUGGAGCAGGUUUGCCGGAAGAAGUGGACGGCCGUGCAUGAGGCGGCCAAAGUCGCCAACCCUGACAUCCUGAUGCUGCUGCUGAGGAACGGCGGGCGGGUUAACGAGAAAGACGCGUCGGGGGUGACACCGCUCGCUGUGGCAGCAGAGCACGGACAUUUCCACAUCACUGAAAUUUUGCUGAACUGCGGCAGCAGAGUGAACUCUCAGGCCUUAAAUGGGGAAAGUGUCCUGUUGGAUGCAGCCGGAUCAGGAAACACUGCCUGCAUUCAGUUGCUGCUGGACAACGGAGCCAACCCCAACUUGUCCAGCAUCACCGGACACCUGCCCAUCCACAAGGCAGCAUACGCGGGACACUAUGAUGCUCUGAAGAUGCUGAUACCUCUGACCACUAAGAAAGCCAUCAAGGAAGCAGGCCAGAGCCCAGUCCACUCAGCAGCGGAGGGAGGCCAUAGACACUGCCUGCAGCUCCUGCUGUCCUGCGGCUUCGAUGUCAACUACCGCAUGAGCACCAGAAACUCAGAAAACUACCGGGACAUGAGGAGGAGUGCCUUGUACUUUGCUGUUUCAAACGGGGAUGUUGACUCCACCAAAGUCCUUCUGGUGGCUGGAGCAAAGACGGACCUGGACCCGCUGUGCUGCCUCCUGGUGGCAGUCAGGUCUGGGCGCUGUGAGAUUGUCAAGCUGCUGCUGGCAGCUAAGGCAGAUGUGAACUGCUACUUCACAGUGGUGAGCGACACAGUGUUUCCUACGGCAUUGCAGUACUGCCUGAAAGAUGAGGUGAUGAUGAGGAUGCUGCUCAACAAUGGUUACAAGGUGGAGAAAUGCUUUCACUGUCACCACGACACACGUUUCAAGGCUACUGACGAUGUGGAUGGGAAAAUACCAUUCUGUGAGUUCAUGAGUCUCUGCUGUCUCAUGCAUCUGUCAGGGAGUGUGGUCCGGAUUCUGCUUGACUACAUCAGCCACGUCCACAUCUGCUCCAAGCUCAGACUCAUCCUGGAGAAACAGAGGGAGUGGCCCGAAAUAUGUGAAAUCCUCAGCAGUCCUCGCGUCCUCAGGCACCUCUGCAGACUCGUGAUUAGGAGGUGUUUGACCCUGAAGAGACUCAAUAAUCCUGAAAUCAUGAACUCACAUGUUUUCCCUCCCAGACUGAAGAGCUUCAUACUGUAUCAGGAACUUGAUCUCUACAACCAGGACCCUGAACACAUCAUAUGA